AUGACCACUAUCCCAACAGAAUUCAGCAUGGCAGGUGUAGAGCAGCCAUGCUAUACUCUCAUCAACUUCCCGACUGACUCCGAGCCUUACAAUGAAAUGCAACUCAAGUUGGACCUUGAGAAAGGUGACACAAAAAAGAAAAUAGAAGCGUUAAAGAAAGUUAUCGGCAUCAUUCUCUCUGGUGAGAAGAUCCCUGGGCUUCUAAUGAUCAUUAUUAGGUUUGUGUUGCCACUUCAGGAUCAUACCAUCAAGAAACUGUUGCUAAUCUUUUGGGAGAUUGUGCCAAAGACUACUCCUGAUGGCAAACUGAGACAGGAGAUGAUUCUUGUCUGUGAUGCUUACAGAAAGGAUCUCCAACACCCUAAUGAGUUCAUCCGUGGGUCAACUCUCAGAUUCUUAUGCAAAUUAAAGGAGCCAGAGCUCUUGGAACCUCUGAUGCCUGCGAUCAGGGCUUGUUUGGAACACAGACACUCCUAUGUAAGGAGAAAUGCUGUACUAGCCAUUUUUACUAUUUAUAGAAACUUCGAGUUCCUAAUUCCUGAUGCGCCAGAGCUGAUAGCCAAUUUCUUGGAAACUGAACAAGAUAUGUCUUGCAAGAGAAAUGCAUUCCUUAUGUUAUUGCACGCAGAUCAAGAGCGCGCGUUGACCUAUCUAUCCUCGAGGCUCGACAGUGUACAUGGGUUCGGAGAUAUUUUGCAGCUCGUUAUCGUUGAACUCAUUUACAAGGUGUGCCACGCCAACCCGCUGGAGCGGUCCCGGUUCAUCCGUACGGUGUACGGGCUGCUGAACGCGCCGAGCGCGGCCGUGCGCUACGAGGCGGCGGGCACGCUCGUCACGCUCUCCAACGCGCCUGCUGCUAUCAAAGCAGCGGCAGCAUGUUAUAUCGACCUUAUAGUUAAAGAGAGCGACAACAACGUCAAGCUGAUAGUAGUGGGGCGUCUGUCCGCUCUCAGAGAGGAGGGAGGCGAAGCGGCUGCCAGAGCUCUGCCCGACCUGGCUAUGGAUGUUCUAAGAGUCCUACAGUCGUCGGAUUUGGACGUUAGGAAGCAUACUUUGCAGCUAGCGCUGGACCUGGUGAGCUCCCGGCACGCGGAGGAGCUGGUGGGCGUGCUGCGCAAGGAGGCGGCGCGCGCGCAGAGCGCCGACCACGACGACGGGCCCAAGUACCGACAGCUGCUCGUGCGCGCCCUGCACAAGGCCACGCUCAAGUUCCCGGAGGUGGCGGGCAGCGUGGCCCCGGCGCUGCUGGAGCUGCUGGGCGACGGCAGCGAGGCGGCCGCGCACGACGUCAUGCUGUUCCUGCGCGCCGCGCUCCACAACUUCACCGACCUCCGGGACCUCGUCUACCAGAAACUCCUCGAAUGCGCGCCUGCAAUCCGCGUGGGCAAGAUCGCGCGGUCGGCGCUGUGGCUCCUGGCUCAGUUCGCGGACUCGCCCGCUAGAGCUGAGGCUGCACUCAACAUGCUCACUGAAGUCAUUCCCUCUCUGACCACAGGGGAAGAAAAGGAAGAGUCCGAGGGAGCGACCGCCAAGCCCCAACAAGACACGUCAGCGCCAAGACAGCUGGUGACGAGUGACGGAACCUACGCAUCCCAAUCCGCCUUUAACUUACCCACAAAUAACAGUAGCCCCGUAGCGGCGGGGCCGGGGCUGUGGGCGGUGCUGGGCGAGGGCGAGCCCUUCACUGCGGCGUGCGCGUGCUCGGCGCUCUGCAAGCUGUCGCUCAAGCUGUCCGACAGCAAGCUGGCCACGCAGGCCAUACAUCUCGCCGCUAAAUUGCUAGCUCAUCAUAAGCAGCACUCUGGGUCGGCGAGCGCGCAGAGCGGGCUGACGGCGGACGACCUGGAGCACGGCGCGCUGUGCGUGCUGGCCGCCAGCGCGCGCCCCGCCGUGGUGCGCGGCGCGCUGCUGGGCGGCGCCAGUCGCGCGCUCGCCAACCUGCUGGCGCUGCCCGACCGCGCCGCCGACCUGCUCGACGACUCCGACAAGGAGCGGGAGCCCAAGCGCCUGGAGCCGGCCGUGGAGGUGGAGUCGGGCAUCGUGUUCGCUCAGCUCGCGGGCGCCGGAGGAGCCGCUCAACAUCACGACAUGUUCGAACUGGCGCUCAGCAAGGCGCUUCAAGGUCGUACCACUGGAAUAUCAGAGGAGCGCGGCAAGUUGUCCAAGGUGACGCAACUGACGGGCUUCUCCGACCCCGUGUACGCUGAGGCCAUAGUGUCCGUCAAUCAGUACGAUAUUGUACUGGACGUGUUGGUCGUCAACCAAACAGAUGACACACUGCAGAACUGCACAGUGGAGCUGGCAACCCUCGGAGACUUACGGCUGGUGGAGAGGCCCAGCGGGGUUGUGUUGGCCCCGCGGGACUAUGCCACCAUCAAGGCACACGUCAAAGUCGCUUCCACUGAGAACGGCAUUAUAUUUGGUAACAUUGUGUACGAGGUGUCGGGCGCGUCCAUGGACCGCGGCGUGGUGGUGCUCAACGACAUCCACAUCGACAUCGUGGACUACAUCCAGCCCGCCGCCUGCAGCGACGCGGACUUCCGACAGAUGUGGGCCGAGUUCGAGUGGGAGAACAAGGUGUCUGUGAACACUAACAUCACAGACCUACGGGAGUACUUGCAACACCUGCUGGCCUCAACCAACAUGAAGUGUCUCACACCAGAAAAGGCUCUGUCGGGCCAGUGCGGGUUCAUGGCCGCGAACCUGUACGCGCGCUCCAUCUUCGGCGAGGACGCGCUCGCCAACCUCAGCAUCGAGACGCCGCUGCACAAGCCCAACUCGCCCGUCGUCGGACACGUCAGGAUCCGCGCCAAAAGCCAGGGUAUGGCGCUAUCCCUCGGAGAUAAGAUCAACAUGAUGCACAAGACACCGCCCCAGAAGCCCUCCACACCGCCAUCGAACCCCACACCCGCCGCGUGA